UUGAUCGGCAUAUUUUGGUGAUCAGAUCAUCAAUGUGGGAGAUAGUUUUAUAAAUUAAUACAUAAUGAAAUCUGUAUUAAUGGUGGCUGAAAAGCCAUCGUUGGCUCAGAACUUAGCCAAUAUACUGAGUAAUGGAAAAUGUACCACUAAUAAAGGAUCAAAUUCUGCAUGUGCUGUUCACGAAUGGAAUGGCACAUUCAAAAAUGAGCCGGUGCAUUAUAAAAUGACCUCUGUAUGUGGGCAUGUGAUGAGUUUGGACUUCACUGGGAAAUAUAAUAACUGGGACAAGGUGGACCCGGUGGAACUGUUCAGCUGCACCACGGAGAAAAAAGAAGCGAUGCCGCGUUUGCGGAUUCCGGCGUUUUUAGCCCAGGAGUCCAGGGGCUGCGACUACCUGGUGCUGUGGCUGGAUUGCGAUAAGGAGGGGGAGAAUAUUUGUUUUGAGGUCAUGAGUUGUGUACAACCAUACAUGAAAGGAGACAUCUGUUCCCCAAACGUGACCUACCGAGCCCGGUUCUCCGCCAUUACGGAUAAAGACAUUAAAGCGGCCAUGUUGAAUCUGGUGCAGCCUAACGAGAAUGAGUCCCGCAGUGUUGACGCGAGACAGGAGCUUGAUUUGCGUAUAGGAUGCGCUUUCACUCGGUUUCAGACUAAAUACUUUCAAGGUAGAUACGGUGACUUAGACGCCUCCCUAAUAUCCUACGGGCCAUGCCAGACCCCGACCCUCGGGUUCUGCGUCCAGCGCCACGAUGAAAUCCAGACAUUUAAGCCAGAAACAUACUGGGUGCUGCGAGUGACUGCCUCGACGUCUGAAGGGAGAGAACUGCCGCUGGAAUGGAAGAGAGUGAGGAGUUUCGAUAAGGACAUUGCUAAUAUGUUCUUGUCGGGGAUCAAGGAGAUUAAGGAAGCUCAAGUAAUACACGUCCAAGCUAAAGAAAAAGUGAAAGCACGACCGACAGCCCUGAACACCGUCGAGCUUAUGCGAGUAGCCAGCGCUGGCCUAGGGAUGUCGCCGCAUCAAGCCAUGCAGUUUGCUGAGCGUUUAUACACGCAAGGUUACAUCUCGUACCCGCGUACCGAAACCACCAGCUAUCCUGAAAACUUCGAUUUGAUGGGUACAUUACGCCAGCAGCAGAACUCCAACAAGUGGGGGGCCGAAGUGCGCGCACUGGUAGCAGCCGGCAUCAACAAGCCCAAGAAGGGCCACGACGCCGGCGACCACCCGCCCAUCACCCCCAUGCGACCCGCUUCCGAGUCGGAGCUGGAAGGCGACAUGUGGCGCAUCUACGACUAUAUCACGCGACAUUUUAUCGCGACUUUAUCGCGCGACUGCAAGUACCUCAGCACAACCAUCACCUUCAAGAUAGGCACCGAGACGUUCAGCUACACUGGCAACACUUUGGUGGACGCUGGCUACACCGAGAUCAUGCAUUGGCAGGCUUUCGGCAAAGACGAGUUCGUUCCUCUGCUGUCAGUGGACGACAUGCUGCGCGCGCACGAGCACCGCCUCGUCGAGUGCCAGACCUCGCCGCCUGACUACCUCACCGAGUCUGAGGUGAUCACUCUAAUGGAAAAGCACGGGAUCGGCACGGACGCGUCCAUCCCCGUGCACAUCAACAACAUCUGUCAGAGGAACUACGUGACGGUCGGCAGCGGCCGGCGGCUGGUGCCCACCAAUCUGGGCAUCGUGCUCGUUCACGGCUAUCAGAAGAUCGACCCAGAACUCGUCCUACCAACCAUGCGCUCAGCCGUCGAAGAGCAACUCAACCUCAUCGCACUCGGCCGAGCCGAUUUCCAAGCAGUACUAUCCCACACCACCGAGAUAUUCAGAAGAAAGUUCCAGUAUUUCGUCCGCUCCAUUGAGGGAAUGGAUCAACUGUUUGAAGUUAAUUUUUCAUCGCUAAAAGCGAGUGGGAAAGCCCUGAGUAGAUGUGGAAAGUGUAGGCGUUAUAUGAGAUAUAUACAGGCAAAACCCACGCGUCUCCACUGCUCUCACUGCGACGACACGUACGGGCUGCCUCAGAACGGCACCGUCCGCAUCUACCGCGAGCUCAAGUGUCCGCUGGACGACUUCGAGCUGCUGUCCUGGUCUACCGGCACCAAGGGCAAGAGCUUCCCGCUCUGUCCCUACUGCUACAACCACCCUCCCUUCAGGGACAUGAAGAAAGGCUUCGGCUGUAACUCGUGCACACACCCGACGUGCGCUUACGGCGUCAACUCCACGGGCGUGUCGGGCUGUGUCGAGUGCGACAACGGCGUGCUGGUGCUCGACCCGGCCGCGCCCAAGUGGAAGCUCGCUUGCAAUAGAUGCGACGUAAUAAUAAACGUGUUCGAAGACGCAAUCCGCGUGUCCGUCUGCGAGCAGCAAUGCUCUCUGUGCGGCGCGCAGCUGGUCACAGCCGAGUAUAGGCCAGAAAGGACGCCCUUGCCGGCCGCUCUUACGGAGAUGACUGGCUGUCUCUACUGCGAGCCUGCGUUCAGUUCACAGUUGGAGAAGCACCGCGCGGUGGCGGCGCGCGCGCCGGCGGGGCGGGGGCGCGGCGGGCGCGCGGGGGCGAGGGGCAAGCACCGCUCCAAGCCGCCCAAGGACAAGAUGGCGCAGCUCGCCGCAUACUUCGUCUAG